CCUCUCAGAGACCUUAGACGCCUUAGACGUCAUUUAUUCUGGGGGGAAACGUCACGUUUGAUGUUCUUCAUUAUCAUCUCCAAUGCGCCGCAGCGCCUCAAUCUGUGAUGUAACCUACCGCGCACCCUCCUCUCGCUCAGCUUAAGCUAACAGCACAUAACCACAGCUCAGCUAAAGCUCCAAAAUUUUUACAUCAACAUCAACAAACGUGGAGAAACAUCGACUUCAUUGGGAGGUGAACGGGAUGACGUAAAACCCUGCGUCACGCGAAACCUGCUUCUAUUUAUCACCUGAAAAAAUCAUACCUGUUCGAUUAUAAACUACAACUAAACUAUCUUCUCUCCUAAGCUUUCAGUGCAUCGCUAAAAAUAAAAAUAUAUCAAAUACUGGAAAUACUUCCGGCUCUGUAAGACACUUAUGGAGUCCCUCUAAGCUCAACUGUUUUAAAAUAAAAGGUUUAUUAUCUGAAGCUGACAAGUGGAGUUAUAGCAAUGAGAAAAGUCACUUUAAUAGAGUAAUUAAUCAUUUGAUGUGGUCGAUAAGCUGACACUAGCUGUGGAGUUCAUUAUGCUGCCUCAGAACAAACCCAAAUUAGGAUUUAAAGCAAAAUGAACUUUAGAUGAAUGUAUCUGUAGGUUUCCCUCUCCUAGAGUCCUGAUGGAACUAUGGCGGAGUGUAAUUUUGUUCACCUUUAACCACAGGUCUUGAGUAAGACAGUGGUGGACAUGUUCUAUUGUUUUUACAGGUGAUGAGUGAGUUACCAUGUGAGACUCUGUCCCUCUUGCUGGAUGGUGUCCCUCAGCUGAGAGGACAGAUCAUGAGAGGUGCACCCUGUCCUCUUUGUGGUUACAGGUGUCUAUUAAUACCAGCCAAGCAGCUUUUUGCUCUCAGAGUUACAGUGAUCCUCUUAGUGUCACACACACACACACACACACACACACACACACACACACACACACACACAGGCAGUAGUCUGGAUCGAUGGGCAGGUUUUCAGAUGAAUGAAAGCAGAGCGAAAACCAACCCGUGAUUUACACCCCAUCACUGUUGAGGGCCAAUUGUUGUUUUAGAGAAGGUUGCCACGGCAACAGGAACCUGGAGGGUAGCAGGCUGUCAUCUGGGUCAGACAUGACUCUGCUUGAUUGUGCCGGAGCCAGAAUCUCAGGGUGUUGGUCGCUGAGAUCUGACCGCAGUGGGAGCGGGGAGGACUCGUUGGACCGGCUGCUGCCACACACUGGCACCCAUCGCAGGAAGAGCGCUACUUCUCUGAGUAAAACGGAGCCUCCCCUGCUCCGCACCGGCACACGCACCAUCUACACCGCAGGACGCCCUCCCUGGUAUGACGAGCACGGGGCUCAGUCAAAGGAGGCCUUUGUCAUAGGGCUGUGUGGGGGCAGCGCCUCCGGGAAGACCACCGUGUCCAAUAAGUUCAUCGAGGCCCUGGAUGUGCCAUGGGUCGUUCUGCUGUCUAUGGACUCUUUCUACAAGGGUUUAUCAUCAGAGGAGCAGGUCCUGGCAGCAAACAACGACUACAACUUUGACCAUCCAGGGGCUUUUGACUUCGAGCUGCUGGUUGCCACCCUGCGGAAACUGAAGCAAGGAAAGAGUGUGAAGAUCCCCGUCUAUGAUUUCACCACACACAGGAGGCAGAAAGACUGGAAAAACGUGUAUGGAGCGAGUGUUAUCAUACUUGAAGGAAUCAUGGCUUUUGCAGACAAAGAGCUUCUUCAGCUCCUGGAUAUGAAAAUCUUUGUGGACACAGACUCUGACAUUCGUCUCGUCCGCCGGCUCAGAAGGGACAUCACCGUGCGUGGGCGGGACAUUGAAGGCGUCAUCAAGCAGUACAUCAAGUUUGUGAAGCCGGCCUUUGAGCAGUACAUUGAGCCCACCAUGAGGCUGGCUGAUAUUGUAGUGCCUCGAGGUGGUGGGAACAUGGUGGCCAUUGAUCUGAUCGUCCAGCAUGUCCAAAGCCAGCUGGAGGAGCGUGAGCUCAGUGUCAGGGCUCUCCUGGCAUCUGUCCAACAGACACAGCCACUGCCUCAGACUCUCAGUGUCCUGGAGAGCACGCCACAGGUCAGAGGCCUGCACACCAUCAUCAGGAACAAAGAAACCAGCAGGGAUGAGUUCAUCUUCUACUCAAAGAGGUUAAUGCGUCUUCUCAUAGAACACGCUCUGACGUUCCUACCGUCUCAGGGGUGUGUGGUCCAGACUCCACAGGGACAUCAGUACGAGGGCCGCAGUUACAAUGGGAGUGGGAUCACCGGAGUGUCCAUCCUCAGGGCAGGAGAGACCAUGGAGCCCGCCCUGAGGGCCGUGUGCAAGGACGUUCGCAUCGGGAAGAUCCUCAUCCAGACCAACCUGGACUCAGGAGAACCGGAGCUGCAUUACCUGCGUCUGCCUAAAGAUAUCAGCGAAGAUCAUGUCAUCCUGAUGGACAGCACAGUCUCCACCGGUGCCGCUGCCAUGAUGGCAGUGCGUGUUCUGCUGGAUCAUGAGGUGCAGGAGGAUAAGAUCAUGUUGGUGUCUCUGCUGAUGGCUGAACUCGGGGUCCACUCCGUGGCCUACGCUUUUCCCAAAGUAAAGAUAAUCACCACCGCUGUGGACAAGAACCUGGACCAGUUCUUCCAUGUGACUCCUGGUAUUGGGGACUUUGGGGACCGGUACUUUGGGACGGACAGUUCUGACACCUGGAGGGACGGGGAGGACCGUGAGCAGCUGUCACUCUGACUUAAACUGUUGUGAGACUCAGCAUAAAGACAACAAAACAAACCGGUUUUUGUUCCUUCUCCUUUUCUUCAGGUAUGGUGUAGAAGGUCUUCAUGACCUUUGUACUGAUGCCAUUUUUUACUCUAAUGCAGUUUUCAGGUACAUUUUUGCAAUAAGAGCUCAGAUCAGGGUGAGUGUAUUCCAAAUGUUCCUAACUUCAGCGAUUCAAGUGAGAUCUGUUUGGGUGAGGAGCUGUAUCUAUUUUUAUACUCUAUUAUUUGCUUUGAUCACUAAAAAAGUGAUUGAAGUCAUCAUCAGCUGACUGAAAAAACAUUACUGCUGAGGAUUAUCAAACAGUGUCAACAGAAAUGUUUUCAAAUAACAAUUAGUGGUGUCACUGAAAUUCAUCUUCCUAUGAUAGAUCAGGUCUGUUUGCAGAUUAGUAGAUUAAGUCCAAUGUCUCUGGGAAACAUGCUUUGAUCUUUUUCACUUUUAAACUUUAAACACGUUUUUUAAAUAAGUGUUUAAUUUAGAUAAGAUACAUCCAAGUUCAGUAAGUACACACACACACACACACACACACACACACACACCAACCUAGGAUGUGCUGCUCUUAUUAAGGAUUUAUCCCAGGAUUUAAAGGUGAAAGGGCCUUGCCAUUUGUUUUUUAUUUCUUUAGAACUGAAAUAUAAAAUAUUACAAUUGUCAUCAACACAAAGAGAGUACUAUUACUCCUAAGAUUUGAAUAAUCUAUUUAUCUAGUAUCAUUUUAAUUUAUUUUCUUAAUUAAAGGGCUGCUAAAGAAAACUGCUUUACUUUGAUUUGAAGAGUUUUGUGUUUCUGUUAAUACAAUUUAAAAACAGCUGGAACACCCUCGUAUCAUCUCACUUCUACAUGCAUUUACUUCUGAAUACAGAUUGAUUUAAUAGUGUGUUUUAUCUGAUCCAAACUCAUUGCGACAUGGUUCAAAUUAAAAGUCAUUAUUCCAGUGUUGCGUUGUUUUCUCCCUUACUGGCUGCAAGAUUUCCAUGAUUUGGUCUCAUCCGAGGUCACGAGGUCACGCGGUUUUAAAUUGCUCUCAGGGUUCAUGUUCAAGCUGAACGGAUCCCCCAUGUGUUACCCUCUAAAGCCUGAAGGGGUCAGUGUUUCUUACAUUAAGGUGCUUUAGUGAGAUUUUCUAGCACCUCUAGUUGAUAAAUACUUUUAACAGAAGAUACACACUGGCUCAUCUGAUUGACUAAGAUGUGGUGUUCAAUAAAUGGUGUUGCUGUGGACUGGUU